GCUCUUUGCUCUGUUUUUCUAACUUGCUGAGAAUAUACACACCUCCUUUUACGUCUUCUUCCCUGUUUCUUCAAACACAGAAAAAAGAGACAGAGCGAUGGAGAAUGAAUCAAUGGUGAUUGAAGACAAAGGAAUCACAUCCUACGGUGGGAGAUACUUGCAGUAUAACAUACUUGGUAGUCUUUUCGAGGUCUCCUCUAAGUAUGUUCCUCCCAUUCAACCAGUGGGUCGUGGUGCAUACGGCAUCGUUUGCUGUGCCAGAAAUGCUGAGACAAAAGAGGAGGUUGCUAUUAAGAAGAUUGGAAAUGCAUUUGACAACAGGAUAGAUGCUAAGAGAACACUUAGAGAGAUCAAACUCCUUUGCCACAUGGAUCAUGAGAAUAUUAUCAAAAUCAAGGAUAUAAUACCGCCUCCGGAAAGGGAGACGUUCAAUGAUGUGUAUAUUGUAUAUGAAUUAAUGGAUACUGAUCUUCAUCAGAUAAUACGCUCUAGCCAAACUCUGACUGAUGAUCACUGUCAGUAUUUCUUGUAUCAAUUGUUGAGGGGAUUGAAGUACAUACACUCUGCAAAUGUUUUACACCGAGAUUUGAAACCCAGCAAUCUUCUUCUGAAUGCAAAUUGUGAUCUUAAGAUUUGUGACUUUGGGCUUGCAAGAACCACCUCGGAGACAGAUUUCAUGACUGAAUAUGUAGUAACUCGAUGGUAUCGAGCCCCAGAAUUGCUGCUCAACUGUUCAGAAUACACUGCAGCUAUUGAUAUCUGGUCAGUUGGCUGCAUUUUCAUGGAAAUUAUUAGAAGGGAACCUCUUUUCCCUGGCAAAGACUAUGUUCAGCAAUUGGGACUCAUAACCGAGUUGUUAGGUUCACCAGACGAUUCGGAUCUUGGAUUCCUUCGAAGUGAUAAUGCUCGGAGAUAUGUCAAGCAGCUUCCACACUUCCCCAAGCAACCUUUUGCACAAAAGUUUCCAGAUUUGUCAGCUGUAGCACUUGAUCUUGCUGAGAAAAUGCUAGUGUUCGAUCCGUGCAAACGCAUAACUGUUGAGGAAGCAUUGAACCAUCCAUAUUUAUCAAGUCUUCAUGAGAUCAACGAGGAGCCCACUUGUCCGUCUCCUUUUAUCUUCGAUUUUGAGCAAAUUUCGUUGAACGAAGACGACAUAAAGGAGCUUAUAUUUGCAGAAUCUUUGAACUUCAACCCAGAUGUCAUGCUUGAGUAAUAUAUACAUAAGCAGCAUUUAUUUAUUCUUUUGAAAAGCUUGAUUUCUUUUUGGAAAACUAUCACUUUGUAGUAUAUGUGUGAUGAAGUUCUCUGUAAGCAUAGAAGCUAGGGAGAUGGGUUCUUCCUUGCCAUGUAUGUGAGGGUGGAAUUAGAGUUUGUUCAUGGUUUUAUUGAGGAUUCUUGGAUUCGGUGUAUUUGAGAAUCCAGCACCCAAUAAGGUUGCUGUGCAUCAACAAAGGCUACAUAUCUCCUAGCCUCUAUAUGUUUUUGGCUGUGGUUUGUAUAUUGAAUAUUAAAUGAGAUCAAACACUGAAGAAAUAUGAAAAGAAAGGAACUGUUCUUGAA